UCUGGGGGCUCCGGGGGUUGCCCCCCAUGCCGAGGGUCCCGCCCCUCUGGAAGGGCUGUGGGGGCUGCAGUGACCCCCCUGGCUCCAACCCCAUCCUGUGCCCCCCAGCCUGGACCCACGGGGACCCCCGGAAGGUGAUCCACCCCACCGACAGCCGCGGGCAGUUCUGCGGGCAGCAGGGGACCCCCAACGAGAAGAAGCCUUUCCUUUUCUACUUCGACAUCGUCAAGUGCGCCAGCCCGCUGGUGCUGCUGGAGUUCCAGUGCCCCACCACACAGAUCUGCGUCAGCAAAUGCCCCGACCGGUACCUGACGUACCUGACGGCCCACGGCGUGCCCGGAGAGCUGGGAUACUACCGGAACUUCUGCGUCCCCACCUUCGACCCGCGCAAGGGUCCCAUCGAGGUGCUGAAGGACAGGGAGUGCCCGGCCAUGCUCAUCCCCAGCACCCCCUUGGCGCGGAGAUGCUUCCCGGCCAUCCAGGCUAAGAAGGGCGUCAUCAUGGUGGGCAACGAGACCACCUACGACGACGGCCGCGGGCACCGCAGGAACGUCACCGAGCUGCUGGAAGGGGCCAAGAAAGCCAACGUGGUGCUGGAGACCCGGCAGUUGGCCAUGAAGAUCUUCGAGGAUUACACGGUGUCCUGGUACUGGAUCAUCAUAGGCCUCGUCAUCGCCAUGGUGGCCAGCCUGAUCUUCAUCGUCCUGCUGCGCUUCCUGGCCGGGAUCAUGGUCUGGGUCAUGAUCGUGAUGGUGAUCCUGGUGUUGGGAUACGGAAUCUUCCACUGUUACAUGGAAUACGCGAAGCUGAAAGGGGAGGCGGGUUCGGACGUGUCCCUGGCGGACCUGGGCUUUCAGACCGACCUGCGCGUCUACCUCCACCUGCGGCAGACGUGGUUGGCCUUCCUGAUCAUCCUGUGCGUGGUGGAGCUGGUGAUCGUCCUGCUGCUCAUCUUCCUCCGCAAGAGGAUCCUCAUCGCCAUCGCGCUCAUCAAGGAGGCCAGCAGGGCCGUCGGUCACGUCAUGUCCUCGCUGCUGUUCCCCCUGUGCACCUUCUUCCUGCUGUGCCUCUGCAUCGCCUACUGGGCCAGCACCGCCGUCUUCCUGUCCACCUCCAACGAGGCCGUGUACAAGGUGUUCAACGAGUCCGCCUGCCCCUUCUCCGGGCAGACCUGCAGGCCGGAGACCUUCAACACCAGCAACGUCACCAAGCUGUGCCCCGACGCCCAGUGCCUCUUCGCCUUCUACGGUGGCGAGACGGCCUAUCACAAGUACCUCAUCGUGCUGCAGUUCUUCAACGUCUUCAUGUUCUUCUGGCUCGCCAACUUCGUCAUCGCCCUGGGCCAGGUGACGCUGGCGGGCGCCUUCGCCUCCUACUACUGGGCCUUCAAGAAACCCGACGACAUGCCGGCCUUCCCGCUCUUCUCCGCCUUCGGCCGCGCGCUCCGGUACCACACGGGCUCGCUGGCCUUCGGCGCGCUGGUCCUCGCCAUCGUCCAGGUCAUCAGGGUCACGCUGGAGUACCUGGACCACCGGCUCAAAGCUGCAGAGAACAAGUUUGCCAAGUUCCUCCUGAGCUGCCUCAAGUGCUGCUUCUGGUGCCUGGAGAAAUUCAUCAAAUUCCUCAACAGGAACGCCUACAUCAUGAUCGCGAUCUACGGCACCAACUUCUGCACCUCGGCCCGCAACGCCUUCUUCCUGCUGAUGAGGAACAUCAUCAGGGUGGCCGUGUUAGAUAAAGUCACGGAUUUCCUCUUCUUCCUCGGGAAGCUCCUCAUAGUGGGCAGCGUCGGAAUCCUCGCCUUCUUCUUCUUCACCCAGCGGAUAAAGCUGGUCCAGGACACGGCGCCGCCGCUGAAUUACUACUGGGUCCCCAUUCUGACGGUGAUCGUGGGCUCCUACCUCAUCGCCCACGGCUUCUUCAGCGUGUACGGCAUGUGCGUGGACACCCUCUUCCUCUGCUUCUGUGAAGACCUGGAGAGGAACGAUGGAUCUCCCGAGAGGCCUUACUACAUGUCCCCCGAGCUCAGCGAGAUCCUGCUGAAGGGGCACCUCGAGCCUUCCAAAAGCGCCGAUAGCCAAGGCUAGGGAGAGCCAAGGCCGGGGGCCGGCGCCGUGUGCCGGGGGCACCGCGGGACCCUCCCGGCCCCCCCCGACCUGAGCAGCUUCCUGGUGCCGCUCUGUGCCCUGGGAGUCCUUCCAGGGUAGGGGGGUGCCGACCCUCAGCGCCCAGCCCGCCUUCCUGCCCAGUAACUCGCGUUCCCGCACCCAGAGAACCCGCCCGGCGCCACUGGGAGUCGGGGCCGGGACCAGCCGGGUCCCCACAGUGCCCAGAGAUGUUUGUUCCAGACCACCAGGCGUGGGUGGGAGGGCCGGGAGCGCCGGCGGGAGGGACCUGCCGCGGCGGGACGGGGGUUUGUGGGACGGGCCGAGUGGGUUCCACCGCCCCGACCCCGUCUCUGGGCGCUCCCCUCUCCAAGAGCAGCAAAACUUCCCUGGCCCCUUUCCCGGCCCCUUUCCCGGCCCCUUUCCCGGCCCCCUUUCCCGGCCCCCUUUCCCGGCCCCCUCUCUCUGCAAACCGCAGAACUGGGAAGGUUUCUGGGUGAGGCUGCAGAGCUUUGGUUUCUCACCUGCUGCUUCAGCACGAGGAGCCACUGCCGGAGCCCCCCCGGGACUCCAGGGGUUCAGAGGGUCCCUCCUGGAGCUUUGGGUGCUGCGGGGGCUGGUCCCGGGAGCUGCUUUUCCCCCGGGAGGGGCCGAGUGGGUUGGUUUGGCCUCGGCCUUGCCGGGCUCCCGCGGGCAGAGGCGCUGGAAGCUGCCACGAGUGGGGGGCUGUCGCGACGGGGGGGCUGUCACGACUUCCACGCUCUCCCAGGGCGUAGCUGGAGAUGAUUCCCGAGGCCAUCCCGGCCCGGGGGGGCUGUAGGAAGGAAGAAGGAGCCUGUGGGGAAGGGAGGCGAGUCCCCACACAGGCUGCGGUGCCCGGGGGGGUCUGUGAGGGCGAGGCAGUGCCAGGGGAGCAGAGCGAGUGUCCCCAGUGGGAUGGGGGGAAAUCACAGGGGUGUGACCUCGGGGGGGAGAGAGAUCAGCCCCCAAAGUGCUGGGGGGGGAGGAGGUCACAGCCCCCCCAAAAAAUGCAGCUGUGUUUCCCCCUCUGGACAGCCCAGAACCGAUCAGGAUUUAUAAAAGCAGCAGAGCCCCCUCCCAGCCCCCCGGGCAGCCAGAGCUGACCCCGAGCUGUGCCCUCCCAGGACGAGGCCGUGGCCUUAACGCUCCUGCUCCCAUCCCAGAGGGACCCAAAUCCCUCCCAAAACCCCCCCCGGGUGCCCUCGCUCCGCUCCGGGGCCCUGUGGGUUUUUUGGGGGUUCGAGGUGUUGUUUUCCUGGGAUUUUCCGACCCCUUGGUGCAGUGGCAUGUUGAGUACACUCCUUGUUGGGAAUGGUGAAUCCCAAGGGGAAUCGCUUUGCAUUGGUGUCCGGAGCCCCUGGGAAGAGCCGAGGGGACCUCCCUUCCCUCCAGGUGACCUCCCUUCCCUCCAGGGGACCUCCCUUCCCUCCAGGUGACCUCCCUUCCCUCCAGGUGACCUCCCUUCCCUCCAGGGAACCUCUUUUCCCUUGGCUCUGUUCGACUUUCCCUCCCCGGAGUAACCAAACACCCGAAUUUCCGCUUUCUCCCAAAUCCCCGCGGGCCCUUCCCGGCUCUCCUGGGAAAAGGGAGAGGGGGGAGCUUCGCGUGUUUGGGCACGUUCCUUGUGACAGAGGCAGAGAGGGGGGAAGCCCUCGGCGAGCGCAGAGACUUCGUUUGGUCGGGGGUGGUGGUUGGAGGGUCCCAGCUGAGCCAGGCCCGUGUCCGCCCCGCCCGCGGGGCCGGGGGGGCUUU